AAUAUAACGAAUGUAAUAACCCUCAAGAUUACUCUUGUGUUGGAAAUCAGCAAUGUAUCAAUACAGUAGGCUCUUAUACUUGCAACUGCUCAACUGGAUAUCAAUUUAAUGCAUCACUUCAACUAUGUAUUGAUAUUAACGAAUGUCAGAAAUCGGUAUCACCGUGCCAUCAGAAUUCAAGUUGCACCAACACUGUUGGCUCAUAUCAAUGUCAAUGCAACAAUGGAUAUAUUGGUGACGGAAAAUUAAGUUGUACUUUGAUCUGUACACCAAAUUACUGUUCUGGCCAAGGAAUAUGCCAUGUAGUCAAUAACGCACCUAGAUGCAAAUGCACAAUUCCAGGGGUAAGUGGAGAUAGAUGCACACAAAGCGCCUCCCUAGCAUCUGGUACAAUCAUUGGCAUCUCUCUAGGAUCAAUUUUUGGUACGUUACUUAUCAUUGCGUUUAUGUUGCGCUAUUAUUACAUUGGCAAAGCAAAAAGGGAAACAUCUACUUCUUCUGAUCUUAUCGCUGCAACUAAUUUAAAACAUGGGGGAAUUACUUACGAAGAAAACAAAAGUCAAGAGGCUGUUAAGAGUAUAAAAAUGCUACCUUAUCAAAUCUUCAAGCUGCACCGUUUAUAG